AUGUCCCUUCCAAAUGCAAAACUCAGCUGUGAGGCAUGUCAGCAUCGCAAAACCAAGUGUGACAAACAGGAACCGUGUGGCGCCUGCCAGAAAGCAGGGUUCAAAUGCACUACUGUGCAGCGCCAACGAUUGCCUCGAGGCAAGACUGGGAAUGCGAGAGGACAGACUAGUGCACUUAAAGCCAGGAUCACAAGAUUAGAAGGUUUGGUCUCGCAAUUGCAGGAUACGGAUACCACUGCCACAUCUGCUACCACACCGGAUAUAGGCCCAGGCGCGCUGAAUGCAACGAACAAUGAACUGCAACAGUGCCGUCCGCACACCAAUGGUCUUCAAACGUCCAGCACUAGCCUAUCAUUACUUCCUAACGGUUCAAGUAGCCGGCUCAUUGCCCCCGACUUUUGGACGGAGCUCUUAGAUACGGUCUCCGGUUUGCGAGACGUUCUAGAAACGAACAAUGAAGACGAUACUGGCUCCAUGACUUCAACCUGCUCUGAGGCCGCUUACAACCAGAAUGCCCUUCUUUUUGGCUCUGCUGUUCGUUCAAAUGAUGCUACUGCCUUGAAGCGCCCACCAAAAAGCAACAGAGAGGCACUCUAUGGGAUAUACCAGACCCGAGUCGACGCAAUUCUCAAGAUCUUGCAUUGGCCUACAGCUCUGAAGUCAUUUUCCAUACCUACAACAAGCACUGACGGUAGUCCUACGUUGUCUCCCGCGGAUCAGUCACUCGAAUUUGCCGUUCUAUUUGCAGCUAUGUGCUCAUUGAGGGAUGAUGAAAUCAAGGACCGAAGAAGUCUCCUCGUGAGAUACCGUCAAGCCACUGAAUUAUCUCUCUCGCAAGCAGGCCUCAUGAGCAGCCUGAAUAUUGUAGUCUUGCAAGCCUUCGUCCUUUACCUCGUAAGUGACACCACCCUCCACCAUAUUCAUCAUUCGAUGCGGCCAGCAGCGAGUGACACAGCCUGUAUCAAUGGCACCAAUUUGUCAGUGCAGUUUCUUGUCAUGCUGACGACUAUUGUCCAGGUCGCACUUCGCUCGUGCCAAAGCACCGCCGAAACGUGGACGCUCAUAGCCACAGCUGUUCGGAUUGCAAAUGCUCAAGGCUUGAACGCAGAACCUAAAGCCUCAGAUACAGUUCUUGACAUUGAACUUCGUCGUAGGCUGUUGUGGUGCAUCGCCAUAAUUGACCUACAAACGUCAUUCGAUCGAGGCACUAAGCCUCUUUUAUCAGCUGACGAACUAUCAUCGAUGCCUCUGAACAUCGACGACAUCGAUUUAUCUGCCAAUACCCCCUUUACGAGCAACAUCGAUCCUGCAAACACCCGCUUCACGGACAUGACGUUCAGCCUAAUGACAUACCAUGCCAUGACAUGCCAGCUCAAACUUACCGAAGUCGACUCAUCCCUGACUAAAGGCAAGGACUUGGCGCAGGGACGGAGUGCAUGGGCCAAGAAGAUUUACAUUCUGACCGAGUUCGAAGACUAUAUGGCGCGAUUGUCUCAAUCGUGCACGGAUCCGCCUUCACUACUCAAAGAAUUCACGGUCUUGUGCGCGCAAGGUAUUUCGCUUUCUAUGCAACUACUGCUACGUCGCCCUCUCCAGGGUAAGUCACAAACUCGUCCACCCCCAGAGGACCGUUUUGAUGUCAUGACUGGAGCUACCGAGGUUUUGGAACGCUCGCUCUUCAAGCAAAUAGGCGGCCGAUUUUCACCAUGGAGUUGGAACCAAUGGACGAAAUGGUACGCCUUAGCUGUGCUACUUGCAGAGCUAUGUCAUCAGCCCCAGGGCUCGAAGGCAGAUCGUGCAUGGCCGAUCACGCAAGAAGCCUUUGACGUGUAUUCGCAGCAAGUGGCGGACGGUGCAACAGGUUUACUUUGGAAGCCAAUUGAGAAGCUAAUGCGAAAGGCUAAGGCUGCGAGAGAGAGUAGCAUGGUAACACCGCCUAUGCCAAUGCAAAAAUCUUACAUGUCCCAGCCAUCGAGGUUUGAAGACCUAAGUCUACGGAAAGGUAACCCUGACAGUGUUUUGAUUGGCAAUGUCAUGCCGGGAUGGGGACCGUUGUACUCAAAUGAAUGGUCUGAUUCAUCAGGCAGUAGCCCAUUCAAUACUAGCACAUCAAGCAACACUCAAAAUCAGAACGCUGGGUUCGCCGGGAAUCCAGCACCAGUGGAAGACCAAGACGCAAAUUGGUGGCGCGACUGGGAACUUUUCGUUAACGAUAUCUACGACCCUAACACGGUCUCAGACUUCAACAACAUGGCGGGAUGUAUUUCAUAA